AGCCCGCAAGCGGGCGUCUCUCCUGGACCUGUACUUAGGGGAAAUCCAUGAUCCCUAAAAGCAGUUUUUAGCGAUCACAGUCGUGUACCACUUUUCGCCCUGUUUUCUCACGACGGCAAGGCCCCCACGGCUGUCGUCGGAGGAAUGAGACAUAAAUUGACUUGAUUCUCUCAUUUGAAGAGUCACUUUCACUCCCCUUUUCCAUCUUCCAAGGUAUCAACAGUGUUGCAGCUUGUACUCGGAGCAGUAGUGACUUCCGGCCUGAGGCAUCUCAUCUCGGAUCUGAUCUCCACCGCGCGCAAUCUUAAUCUUAUCGCUUUAGUUCUUCUAGAACAGCACCUUUUUUUUUUCCCCGUUAUCAAUUCUUGAUCUCUGCUCUGGACCUCACGUCUUUAUACAAAUUAAAUCCUCUUCACUCACUCUCGAAAUGACAGCGCCAUCGACUAUCAAGCAAAGAUUCCUGUCCAAGCCAAAUGAGCUGGGCGUGGUCGCUGUCGGAUUUAAUGGUGGCCAGUGCAAACUAGGCGUUGAAGCAGCUCCGCUUGCUUUGAUUGAAGCCGGUCUUCUGAAUCAAGUGCGCGACGACCUGGGCUACCAACUUCACUAUGACGACACCGUGCACUACUACGAGAACCAGACCCCCAUGAGCGAUCCCGACCACCGGGGCAUGAAGAAGCCGCGCGCCGUGAGCGUCGUGACUGAGACGCUCAGCAAGCAGGUCUACGACUACGCCAAGGACGGCAAGUUCGUCCUCACACUAGGCGGCGACCACUCGAUCGCCAUCGGCACCAUCUCCGGCACGGCCAAGGCCAUUCGUGAGCGACUGGGCCGCGAGAUGGCGGUCAUCUGGGUCGAUGCGCAUGCCGAUAUCAACACGCCGGAGAUGAGCCCCAGCGGGAACAUCCACGGGAUGCCCAUGGCUUUCUUGACGCGGCUGGCCCGGGAGGAGAAGAAGGAUAUUUUCGGGUGGUUGGAGGAUGAGCACAUCAUCAACAAGAACAAGCUGGUGUAUAUCGGUUUGCGCGAUGUGGACCGCGGCGAGAAGCAGCUGCUGCGGGAGCAUGGUAUCAAGGCUUUCAGCAUGCAUGACAUUGACAGACACGGAAUCGGCCGCGUGGUUGAAAUGGCGCUCGCUCACAUUGGCAACGACACACCCAUCCAUCUCUCGUUUGACGUUGAUGCCUUGGACCCUCAAUGGGCCCCUAGCACAGGCACUCCCGUCCGUGGAGGACUGACUCUGCGUGAGGGUGACUUCAUUUGCGAAUGUGUUCAUGAGACUGGCAACUUGGUCGCCAUGGAUCUGGUAGAGGUCAACCCCAGUCUGGAUGAGGUCGGCGCUUCAGAGACCAUCCGAGCCGGUUGCUCUCUGGUGCGUUGCGCACUGGGCGACACACUCCUGUGAUAGCAUUUCUUCUGUUUCCAUUUUCUCUCUGUCCUCUUUCUUCUCCACUUUCGCAGGUUGAUGGUUAUAUGAACGGGCUAGACGAGUAUAUGUACUUGUUAGAUAGACAUGACUGACCGCCGCCAGGCUAAACAAUGAAUUGAUGAAAUGCGUCAACUGAGG